ACAUUUUUAGGUUAUGUUUGCCAUGUGUAUCAACUCUCGUCGGCAUGCUUGUUUCCUAGAAAAGUCAUCAAAAUUAAUCUUUCUAACUCCUGUCGAUGAUCUUAUUUAAAUCUAUACAAUGAAGAAUGUGAAAAGUAAUCUAUUGGAGUUCAAAGGAAGUAAUUUCUUUCGACAGCGUUUAAUAUUGUCUGUUCUAAGUGCGAAGCCAAUUCGUAUUACCGACAUCAGAUCCAAAAGCGACGAACCAGGACUUGCAGAGUUUGAAAUCAAUCUCUUACGAUUGAUUGAUAAAUUAACGAACGGCACUGUCCUUGAAGUGAAUGAAACUGGUACCACCUUGUACUUUCAACCUGGAAUGUUGACUGGUGGUAAAUUUGACCAUGAAUGCUGUAAACAACGAGCAAUUGGGUACUACUUUGAAGCGGUCUUGGCCUUUGCACCAUUUUGUAAAAAAGCCCUUGAAAUUACUCUUCGUGGAGUCACUAACAAUAAGAUUGAUCCAUCAGUUGACUCUCUCAAAACAGGCGCUCUUCCUUUACUCAGACGAUUUUUAAUCAUUGAUCCAGGAAUUGACCUUAAAAUUCGUAAAAGAGGAAUGGAACCAGAAGGCGGGGGUGAAAUUCAUUUUGUUUGUCCUAACCUGAAGCAACUGAAGCCCAUACAGAUAAAAGAUUUUGGAAAAAUAAAGAGGAUAAGAGGCACUGCUUUCAGCCUCCGGACUUCACCUGUUUUGUCGAAUCGUGUCAUUGAUGGUAUCAAAAGUGUCCUUCUAAAUUUUAUUCCCGAUGUAUUUAUAACAGUUGAUCAUUUGAAAGGCCAGAAUGCUGGAAAAUCCCCAGGAUUCGGAGCCAGUCUAGUUGCGGAGUCUACAGCUGAGGUAUUUUACACUGCUGACCAAGUGUGUAAUAUUCCUCCUGAGCCACGCUCUGUCCCAGAAGACCUGGGUAAGGAACUCGCUUUUAGACUGUGUGAAGAGAUAUCUCGUGGUGGCUGUGUGGACUCCUCUUACCAAUCACUAGUUUGUUUGUGGAUGGCUCUCCAUCAAAAAGAUGUUUCUCAAUGCCUAUUUGGCCCUCUCUCACCUUACACGAUACAAUUCCUGAGGCAUCUGAAGGAAUUUUUCGGAGUAACAUUCAAAUUGGAGCCAUUCGUUCAAGAUGAUGAAGAUGAUUUCGAUUUGAAACAAGGAUCAAACAAAGUUCUAGUGACUUGUGUCGGAACAGGCUUCAACAAAAUUGCUUAAUUGGUCAGCUUGUUUUGUUGUCCAUGUAUGAAUGGUAGCCUUCUUCAUCCUGUGCAUAUAAAAACUAGUCAAGUGUAAAUACAGGGUAUCCCGAACUCUAUGGCGGGAAUAUUGGGGAUCGAUCUUUUGGACUGAAACAAGACUAUAUCGUUCUACAAUAUUUUUUCAGUUGAGUCAUUAUAACGGAGAUAUCUUACUUUCUCUAUCACCAAAAGUGCAUAAAUAUGUCCCUUUGUCUACAAUUUCAUGUAAGACUUCAUGACAACUGUAGCUAAAAUGUGAAAAAAAUCCAUUUCUUGUAGAAACUUAGAGGGGCUGUAUCCUCCUUUGCAUUGGCUCUAACAAAAAUUGUUUUAGAAAAAACAUAGUCUUCUGUACAGUAGUUUCAAUUUGAAGAAUCAAUCCCCAAAGUUUCUGCCGUUCAAUUUGGGAUCCUCUGUAUGAAUCCUACAUCCUGUUUGCAUUCAGUUAUGAAAGCAUUAGAUGACAGGAAGUAAGUCAUUAUUUUGUAGAGUUUGAUCCUCAAAAUAAGAAUGAUCGUUUUUUUGUGCACAAAUUGUAAAUAUGUGUAAAUAAACAUUAGUGAAUUACCAUGUA